CGGCAGUCGCCGUCUCGCCGAACCGCAAAAACUCCCCACUGCUAAUUUCUCUCUUUUUUAAAAUUUUUUUUUUUUGUAAGAAAUCGCAUAACCCUGUUCUCGCUGAGCUUCCAAAGCCUUCUCUCCAGGCUCUCUCUUUCAGCGCUUUUUAAUCUCAGGAACCACCCAACUCCAGCAUGCUUGCUAUGUCGGUCGAGGCAUCAUUAUCGAUGUGAAAUUGGCUGGUGGAACUUUAGUCACCGCGUCCUGUAGAACUGCUUAUGGGCGUUCCGAAUAUGAAUCUUACUGGAUUUAUUUCUGCUGGCCCUCCUUUUUUUGCAAUCAAUAAGAAAAGCUUGUGGGAUGCAAGUCCUGUUAGAAGAUGUUCAAUUGAUACGGAUCCUAGAUGGAACAAGUUAAGGGCAUCAAGAAAUAGUGAUUACGUGGGAUGCAUAUUUGAAGUUCCAAUUCCAGAGUUUUCAAAAAUGAAAUCAAGUCCUAAAAAUGGUUCCUUGGAGGUUUUCUGCAUGGAUUGUCCAAGACCUAAACUUGAAAGCACUAUCAACUUCUUAGAAGCUGCGAAGCUAUCUUCAUCCUUUCGUGACUGUUUACGUCCCAAGAAACCUCUAGAAGUGGUAAUUGCUGGUGCAGGGUUGGCUGGUCUAUCAACAGCCAAAUACCUUGCUGAUGCUGGCCACAAACCUAUUUUAUUAGAGGCAAGAGAUGUUCUGGGAGGAAAGAUUGCUGCUUGGAAAGACGAAGAUGGAGAUUUUUAUGAGACUGGUCUCCAUAUUUUCUUUGGUGCUUAUCCCAACGUUCAGAACUUAUUUGGAGAGCUUGGAAUUAAUGAUCGUUUGCAGUGGAAGGAACAUUCCAUGGUUUUUGCAAUGCCUAACAAACCAGGAGAAUUCAGCCGCUUUGAUUUUCCAGAGGUCCUUCCAGCUCCCUUUAAUGGUAUAUGGGCCAUCUUAAAGAACAAUGAAAUGCUGACCUGGUCAGAAAAAGUGAAAUUUGCUAUUGGACUUUUGCCAGCCAUUGUUGGAGGGCAGUCUUAUGUUGAGGCUCAGGAUAUUUUAACAGUUAAAGAGUGGAUGAAACGGCAGGGUGUACCCGAUCGAGUCAAUGAUGAGGUUUUCAUUGCCAUGUCAAAAGCUCUCAAUUUCAUCAAUCCAGAUGAGCUUUCAAUGCAGUGCAUUUUGAUUGCUUUAAAUCGUUUUCUUCAGGAAAAAGACGGGUCAAAGAUGGCCUUUCUAGAUGGUAAUCCUCCUGAGAGGCUAUGCAAGCCGAUUGUCGAACACAUUGAGUCACUAGGCGGACAAGUCCAGCUGAAUUCUCGUGUACAAAAGAUUGAGUUGAAUUCUGAUGGAACAGUUAAGCAAUUUGUGCUGAGCAACGGAUGUGUUAUCACCGGAGAUGCUUAUGUAUUUGCCACUCCUGUUGAUAUCUUGAAACUUCUUUUACCUGAGGAGUGGAAAGAAAUGCCAUACUUCCAAAGAUUGAAUAAAUUAGUAGGAGUCCCAGUGAUUAAUGUUCAUUUAUGGUUUGAUAGGAAACUGAAGAACACAUACGAUCAUCUUUUGUUUAGCAGGAGCCCUCUUUUGAGUGUCUAUGCAGACAUGUCUGUAACAUGUAAGGAGUAUUAUGAUCCAAAUCGAUCCAUGCUCGAGUUAGUCUUCGCGCCAGCAGAAGAAUGGAUAUCACGUAGUGAUGAUGACAUUAUUGCUGCUACCAUGAAAGAGUUGGAAACAUUAUUCCCUGACGAAAUUGCUGCUGAUCAGAGUAAAGCAAAGAUUUUGAAGUAUCAUGUUGUCAAAACACCAAGAUCUGUUUACAAAACCGUUCCAAACUGUGAACCAUGUCGCCCAUUACAAAGAUCCCCUAUUGAAGGGUUCUAUUUGUCUGGUGAUUACACAAAGCAGAAGUAUUUAGCCUCUAUGGAAGGUGCUGUUUUAUCUGGUAAGCUUUGCGCAAAUGCCAUUGUCCAGGAUUAUGAUAAGUUGGUUUCUAGAACCUUGAGAGAACCAUCUGCUGAGAUAUUUGUGGCCUAGUUCAGGAUCUUCAGCUGUUUCUUCUGCAUACCAUUUUAUGUUUCAUUUUUGCUUAAUACAAGUUUUUUAAGCUUAUGAAGCUGUUGACGCAUCAAAUUGUAUCAUAAUAUCUUUUAAAUUAUUUGGCAGUUAUAUAUUUAAUGAAAUUAAA